CUAAAUUCCACACGUAUUUUAUUCAGCCUCGGUUUGAGCGCCUUCUUUUGGUUACGUUCUUUUUAGUUCUCUAGGUAUCCUGGCUAAGCGUUAAAACUAACUGUUUCUGCGAAAGUAACUGAUAUAUGAACUUACUUUAUAUUGAGCGCGCUUUUAUUAAUAUAUCGAAGUCUGUCUAGGUCGUGGCGGUCUGCAUGUGAAGGACAUCUGGUCUGGUUUUCAUUCUGUUGGCGGGCUAGGAAAGUAUCUCGGUGAUUUCUGCUUUCCGUUAACUGUCAACUUUGUAGUUUCAGCCGACAUUUUAAUUUAUCAUUGAAUCAAGACUACGAUUGGUAUUUACCAUAUUUUACCGAUAGCGAGUGGCACUUAAAAAGUUUCACCUAAUUAUACACCAGUUAUCAAUAUAUUAUCCAUGGGUCCGACAAUAUUUGAGGAUUUAGCGUCGCAUGUGAGAGUUCCAAAUGAUGGAGAUAAGGUUUACAAGGAUGAAUGUCCUUUCUACUUUGAAACACCUGAGAUGGAAAAUGGAGUUUAUAUUUGUAUGCGACACUUUGUUGCCAUUGGCUCCAAAAUAUUGAGACUGUACCACGAAAAGACUGGUUGUCGUGCAUUCUUACGGUACAAAAUUGAGAAACAAUACAAAGAAAAAGAGCAUGGUACACAAGAAAAACCUAAAAAGCUUGCUAUUGGUGUUUCUGGGGGUUUCGAUUUGCCUCAAGAUGUUUACACAGUAACAGAACACUGGUCGUUAGUUCGUCUUCCAGAAGGUGACUCUUUUGAAAUUCCAAAUCCAGAGCCUAGUCAAUCACCAACUGAUACAUCACACUUGAAGAUUUUAGAUCUUCCUAAGCGUUUGGCUACCACCAUUGCAUUCAUUCAACGCGCGGAAUCAUCACUACUGGCAGAGGAGCGUGCUAAUUCACUUAAGGCUUGGGAAGAUGACAAUAUUUGUUUGAUUUCUUCUUACGCAAUGAAUUUGGUACAAAUUGACAAUGGUGUCAGAAUACCUCCAUCUGGAUGGAAAUGCUCUAGAUGUGAUUUAAAGGAUAACCUAUGGAUGAAUCUUACUGACGGGGCUAUCCUGUGCGGUCGAAGAUUUUGGGAUGGUACCGGUGGAAAUAAUCAUGCAUUGGAGCAUUAUGAAAAGACUAAAUAUCCAUUAGCUGUAAAAUUGGGAACAAUAACACCUAAAGGUGGUGAAGUCUUCUCCUAUCCAGAAGAUUCAAUGGUCACAGAUCCAAAACUGGCUGAACAUUUAGCCCAUUUUGGCAUUGAUAUUAUGCGUAUGCAAAAAACGGAAAAAACAAUGGCUGAACUGGAAGUGGAUGCUAAUGAGAGGCUUGGUGAAUGGCUUACUCUACAAGAAUCGAAUCAUUCCCUUGAAGCACGUUAUGGUCCUGGUAUGACUGGACUUAGAAAUCUUGGUAAUACAUGUUAUAUGAAUGCUGUAAUACAGGUAUUAUUUUCAAUUCCACAAUUUCGCUCAUACUAUGCCUAUCAAUUACCGAUAUGGUCUGAAGAGGCACUGAGUCAAUUCACUACCGCUUCUAGUACUGGCGGCGGCAGUCAUCAGUCACAUUCCCUACUACCAGUAGAUCAUAUUGGCUUACAAUUUUCAAAGCUGGGCUAUGGUCUUUGCUCUGGUGCUCAUUCAUGGUUAGUUCCAAAUAACCAUAAUAAUAAUACAAAUCAUCCAAUGGAAGGACCUGUACCAAUUCUUCCAGGUAUUCGUCCAUUGUUAUUCCGUCGUCUAAUGGGAAUGCAUAAUUCUACAUUUGCUACAAAACAACAACAAGAUGCAUGUGAAUUUCUUGUCUACCUUCUGGAUUUAUUAGAUCAAAAAGCGAAGGAUAAAGAACACGGUAACUUGCAUCCAAGUAGUGUUAUGCGUUUCGGUGUAGAAGAACGCCUACAGUGUGGUUUAACUAAGAAGGUUUCCUAUAAAACAGAACAUGAAUGGAUACUAUCUGUACCUGUGCCAAUGGAAGCGGUAAAAAAUCAAAAAGAAAUUGAUGCUUAUGAAAAACGACGUAUUGAAGCUGAGCUGAACGGUAUACGUCUACCGCCUGAAGAUGUUGUACGACCAGUUAUUCCUAUGGAAGCUUGUCUAUCUGCUUGGGCUGAAACAGAACAAAUCGCUGACUUUAAGACACCAGCAAGUCAACCACCUGGAGCUAAAACAUACGCGCUUCGGUGUAAUCGUUUAACUAACUAUCCAAGUUAUCUAUGCAUACAAGUGGGAAGAUUCACUGUUGGCAGUGAUUGGUUACCGAAGAAAUUGGAUGUUGAAAUUGAAUUGAUGCAGAAAACUUCUCAAAGUGGAAAUAUUAAUAAUACUAACUCUGAAUGGUAUAUUGAUCUGAGCAGUUUACGUGCACCAAGUGGACCAAGACCUAUGCCUGGGGAACAGUUAAUGCCUACUGGUGAAGAAAUUAACCCUGAACAACAAGCCUCGUCUGUCGAUGAUCAUUUUCAACCGGAUACAAGUAUUGUUGAUCAAUUACUAUCGAUGGGUUUCAGUUUCGAGGCUGUAUACAAAGCGUGUAAAUUUACACAGAAUAGUGGUGUUGAGAAUGCUACCAAUUGGCUGAUGGAACAUUUAGACGAUCCAGAUUUAAAUGAUCCAAUGCCGAGUUCCGGUGGACAACCACAACAACAGGAUAGGAAUAAACGAUUGAAAAUUUCCGCUGAUGAUGAGUCUGGUAUUGAUGAAAACUCAAUUGAAAUGAUGAUGGCUAUGGGUUUCAGUAAACAACAGGCAGUCGUUGCUCUCCAGUAUACAAACAGUAAUUUAGAACAAGCUGCUGAUUGGGCAUUAAGUAAUCCAGAUGAAUUAGAAAGUCUAUUACAUCAAGCUUCAAUGCAAAAAUCAUCUGGUCAUCAAGCUGCAACCACUACAAACGCCAACACCAGCAACAGCAGCGACGGUGCUAGCGCCAAUUCAGAUCAGCCACCACUUACAGAUGGUGAUAGUCCACUCUAUGAAUUAUUCGCGUUUAUCAGUCAUAUGGGAAAAUCUACGAAUGAUGGUCAUUAUGUGGCGCAUAUUAAACGAUCAUUCUUAGCCAAGUGUAUUCCACAUGAACCACCUGUGUAUCAUGUCGGCUCACCAAUCUGUGGUGGUAGCGAUCAAGAAUGGAUAAUAUUCAAUGAUGAAAAAGUCGCCAAAAGUGAAUGUCCACCGCAUCGUCAUGCUUAUCUCUACUUUUUCCGACGUAUAGACGCUGAUGCGGAUGCUACCGCUGCCGCUGGUACACCGAUGGCGACAAAUUAAAUCUGUCUGCAUAUCCAUACCCCGUAAUUGUUCGAGUUGUUGCGCUUUAGAUGUGACUUUAUCAGCGCUCAGACAAACAGACAAACAUAAAAUAGUUUUUUUGUUGGUUUUUUACUUUUUUUUGUUUUGUUCUGUUAUUCAGUUGACAAAUUGCUUCUUCUCCUUACUUGCUUGCUCCUGUUAUCGUUGUAUUCCAUUCACAUUUAUACUUGUGUUUCACGUUUCCGUUUGUUAUUUUUUUCAAACGAGAAAGAUAGAUAGAGUAACAUGCUUGUUCACCACCUGCUUGCCUCUUCUUCUUCUUCUUCUUCGGUUUUUCUGUUAGGGUUCCGUCGUCUUCCGCCUCUUCUCCUUCUCCGUCUUCUGAUAACGAUCAAUUCCAUUUUUUGUAAUCAACAAUUUGAUAUGAUAUACACACACACAUAUUUGAUGAGAUAUUAAAGAAAGAUUAAAUUGUUUGAUAAAAUAAGCAAUUUGAUUUGCUUAGUUCUUAAAAAAAAAGGGAGAAAGUGAUGGAUUGAUUGGUUUGUCUGU